AUGGGCCCCGCGGGCAAGCAGAGCCUCUCAUCGGCGCCGGCCCCCAUGGGAGGGUCUUGCCUCCUUCUCCUCUUCUGCCUCCGCCUGGGCACCUCCUGCCCGCAGAGCUGCCAGUGCCCCGACCGCGAUGGUGCCGUGGCCGUCCACUGUAGCGCGAGCGGCCUGCAGGAGAUCCCCAAGGACAUCCCCGCCAACGCCGUGUUCCUGAAGCUCGACGCCAACAAGAUCGCCCGCGUCCCCAACGGAGCCUUCCAGCACCUGAGCCAGCUGAGGGAGCUGGACCUGUCCCAGAACGCCAUCGAGACCAUCGGCCCCGCCGCCUUCUCGGGCCUGGCGGGCGGCCUGCGGCUGCUGGACCUGUCUCACAAUCGCAUCCGCAGGAUCCCCAAGGACGCCCUGGGCAAGCUCAGCGCCAAGAUCCGCCUGUCCCACAACCCCCUGCACUGCGAGUGUGACCUGCAGGAGGCCCUGUGGGAGCUGAAGCUGGACCCCGACUCGGUGGACGAGAUCGCCUGCCACACCUCCGUGCAGGAGGAGUACGUGGGGAAGCCGCUGAUCCAGGCCCUGGACGCCGGCGUCAGCUUCUGCAGCACCCACCACAAGACCACCGACGUGGCCAUGCUGGUCACCAUGUUCGGCUGGUUCGCCAUGGUGAUCACCUACGUCGUGUACUACGUGCGUCAGAACCAGGAGGAUGCCAGGAGGCACCUGGAGUACCUCAAGUCCCUGCCCAGCACCCCCGUGUCCAAGGACCCCCUCAGCCCCGCAUCCUAG